GUCCCAUGAUGACUUCAUCACUAGUUGCCCUCGUUUCACAGGGGUCCUCGGCGUUAAAGGGAAAGAUCAUUUUUAUUUUUUAAACUUGGAGGGGUUGUCGUUACAGCUUUUUAUAAAAACAUAAAUAAGACGACUUUUUUUCGAACGUCAUUAACAAUUUUUGGUUUAAGGAAUAACACCCCAAAUAUGUAGUAAGCUGUCGUGGACUCGACAAUAAUACUUCAGCUUGUUUUUGGUUUGCUGAAGAACGUGUAUUGCGGAUGGGAAUCAACAAAGCUGAUAAUGUCCAAAAGUUCUCUCAGCAGAAAGGUAGCUUCUGGUAAGUUAACAAACUGGGUACAGCCAUCAUUUGAUGACUUAUUUGGAGGUGCCAGCUUGAAAUCACUCACUUCAAAAAAGAGGACUAACUCUGGAGAACCAAAGGGAAAUGAUCGGACUUCCGCUUUAGACGCCAGCAGCAAACUUCAGGCAACGAAGCGGACAAAAGCACCAUUCUGUGAGCAGCCAGGUCACUUUACCAAGGAAUACCUCGACCUAGAUCAAGAUGUGCCCUGGGUGGAUAAAUACAAGCCGGAGUCACAGGCCGAGCUGGCAGUACACAAAAAGAAGAUUGAAGAAGUAGAAAACUGGUUGUCAAUGGAAGUUCACCAAAGACAACCUAAAAAGGGUGGCUCAAUACUGUUGAUGACCGGACCUUCUGGUUGUGGAAAGACCGCCACAAUCCAGGUGUUAACAAAAGAGCUGGGUGUUCAGAUUCAGGAGUGGUCAAACCCGGUUUCACUGUCCGAAUUCAAGAAGGAUGAUUAUAAAAACGUCUUUGACCCUGAGUCACGUUUCAGGGGCUUCACUAGUGAAUCACAGUCUGCAGUUUUUCAAGAGUUUCUAUUACGAGCAAACAAGUAUAACAAACUGCAGAUGUCUGGGGAGGCCAAGGACAACAACAAGAAAGUAAUCCUCAUUGAAGAAGUCCCCAAUCAGUUUUAUAGACAGCCAGCCUCCUUGCAUGAUAUCCUAAGGAGAUUCAUUCGGACUGGUAGAUGUCCACUGAUCUUCAUCAUCUCCGACAGUCUCAGUGGAGACAGCAACCAGUGGUUACUAUUUCCAAAGGACAUACAGGAGGAGCUGAAUGUUAGUAAUAUAAGUUUUAACCCUGUGGCUCCUACCAGUAUGAUGAAGGUAUUGAGUCGAAUCGCAGCUCAGGAGACAAGCAGGAGUGGAGGAAAGGUAUCUGUUCCUGACAAAGAUUCUCUGGAUCGGCUGUGUUCUGGGAGCUCUGGGGACAUCAGAAGUGCAAUAAACAGCCUGCAGUUUUCUUCUUUAAAAGAUUAUGCUUUGGAAAACAGUUUAUUGAGCAGCAAGAAAGGAAAGGCCUCAUCUAAAGCAUGUAAAACAUCUACCCGAGGGAGGAAUAAAGACAAGUCGUCAAAGACCUCUGAGAGACAAGAGGGGCUGCAAGCCAUCGGUGGAAAGGAUGUCUCCCUCUUCCUGUUCCGAGCUUUGGGAAAAAUAUUGCACUUCAAACGGGAGCCCCGCAUCGAGCCUGAGCUUCCUCACCUACCAGACCGGCUGUCGGAGCAUGAGAGAGACCCACUGCUGGUGGACCCAGAGAUGGUUACGGAGAAAUGCCACAUGUCAGGAGAGCUCUUCAACAUGUACCUGCACCAGAACUACCUUGAAUUCUUCACUAGCAUUGAGGAUGUGGUGCGAGCCAGUGAAUACCUGUCCGACGCUGACUUCCUCACCACAGAGUGGAGUUCUCGAUCUGCACUCCGAGAGUACAGUGCCUCCGUCGCAGCUAGAGGGAUGAUCCAUUCCAACAAAGCCAGAGCCUUUGCCAGCAGCCAGACAGGAGUGGGAUUUAAGCCUUUGCACAAACCACAAUGGCUUCUUAUAAACAAAAAGUACCGGGAAAACUGCCUUGUAGCAAAGUCUCUAUUUGUCAGUUUCUGUAUGCCUCCGGCAUGCCUUCAGACUCAGCUCUUGCCCUAUCUUGCUCUACUGACAAAUCCAAUGAGGAAUCAAGCUCAAAUUGCAUUUAUCCAGGAUGUUGGCAGGCUUCCUCUGAAGAAAUAUCCUAGAAGGUUGAAGCUUGAAGCUCUGACAGAUAAGGAUCCAGUAGUAGACCUGGACAGUGAUGAAGAUGACCCUGCUGCUUCCGCCUAUGCAAACCCUAAAGGAGAGCUGUCCCAAGCUCCUGGCCUCGAAGGCCUCCAGUCAGACGGUGGCUCCCUUCCUUCCAGUCAGACUGCUGGAGGGGACCUUCCUGGGAGCCAGCCGCAACCCACUGCAGCACAAGCCAUCAUGAAGGAAGAGGAGCUUGUGAUUGAGGAUUGCGACAGUGACUGAAGAAACCCAGUGUGGCCCGCAGCUGAAACUGCUUUGCUUCGGAAUUAGGGACACGUUUUAUCUUCCUGUUUAUGAACCUGCUGCUCUUUAUUCCUGUAUUGUUGUGCGGAUGAUGGAUUUGUAUGACUACUAUGGUAGCAAAAGAGCAGAUAACUACAGAACCUGUGAAACCUUUAAGUUAAACUAAAGGUGGGUUAUUCACAGCCAGAGAUGUGCAGAUGUGUUUUCUACAGCUCAUCUUCUCCAAAGCUGUUGUGUAAAUCUCACCAAUUGUGUUUGUUUGUUUGUUUUUUUAUUUAUAUUUCUGUUGUUUCUUUUUGUGUCUCUGGAGCACUUGUUUCUGCAUUUUUUAUUUCUGUGUAUUGUGUGUAUGUACCCAGGAAGAAAAAUGUACAUUUGGACAAAGAUACAUUGUAAAUUCUACAUGGCAUGUUAGCAAAAACAAACCUGAAGUGUUGGACAGCGUUCUAGUGAGUAUUCAUUAGUUACAAUUAUUUAGUCCUCUGCAAUUGCAAAACAAAUACAUAAUUGAUUAAAAAACAAAAAAAGAUCACAUUGCUAAAACCCAUGCUUUUAUGAAUAGAUCCCUGAGUAUACAAUUUACUUAUUUAAAAAAGACUAGUUGCUAGUUUAUGUAUCAUAAGUUGAUUUAAAAGAAAACAGAAUUUGUUAAAGCUACACUGUAAAACCACAGUCUAAUUAUAAAUGGAGUUGCUGUUUGACCAAAGUCAGCGAAGUGAAUUGGUGUUAUAAUUGAAAGUCCAAAUAAAAUGGAUGAAAUCA